CUUGCGACGCGGGAGCGGUGCGGGGAGCGGCGGGAGCGGGGCCGUCCGACGGCGCGGGGAGAGGCACCGGCCGCGCUCCCGGGGGCGGCGAGAGCCCCUCGCUUCCCGCCCCGGUCACCGUCGGGAGCCGUCGGGAACCGUCGGGAGACGUCGGGGCCCCGCGGGAGCGGGCGGCGCGUCCCCGUCCCCGCGCUCUGACGCGCGCUCCCGGCGCGGCGGGCGCGCCCCCGCCGCUAUAACUGGCGUGCAUGGAGUCGGGGCCGGCGCAGUGGAGCGGGCGGGCGAUGGGAGACGCCGCUCCGGCGGGAUAGAGGGGCGGAGACGGGGGCACCCCCGGGGCCCGGCCCGCCCGGGGCUCGCCGCGGGCCCGCACCGAUGCUAGUGCACAGCUACCCGGGCAUGGACCGCGCCGAGGGGCUGCCCGGGGCGCCGGCCGGUGCCCGCCUGCCGCAGCUGCCCGCGCUCAACCAGGCGCCCUACGGCUCGGCGCCGCCGCUCUGCCACACGCCCGCCGCCGACUUCCAGCCGCCCUACUUCCCCCCGCCGUACCCGCAGCCACCGCUGCCCUACCCGCAGGGCCAGGAGCCCGGUUACCCGCACUUGGGGGACCCGUACGCGGCGCUCAGCCCGCUGCACCAGCACCAGCAGCCCGCCUGGCCCCCGCAGCGCGGCCGGCAGGAGGACGCGGGGCUGCUCUCGCAGACCCACCGCGCCCUGGGGCUCGACCCCCGCCGCGAGUACCCCGCCGUGCCCCGCCUGCUCCACGGGCUGCCCGACGGCGGACACGGCCUCGCCGACGGCCCGCUGGGCCUCCACGGCCUCGGCCACCACGGCAUCGAGGACAUCCAGGCCGUGGACGACGGCGGGAUGAACCUGCUCGAUCAGUCCGUGAUCAAGAAAGUGCCCAUCCCCUCGAAGGCCAACGGCACCACCAUUUCCAGCCUGUCAAUGAACAAAGAUGGCCUGAUCGGAGGGGUGACGAAUCCCAACGAGGUCUUCUGCUCCGUGCCCGGCCGCCUCUCUCUUCUCAGCUCCACCUCCAAGUACAAGGUGACCGUCGGGGAGGUGCAGAGGAGGCUCUCGCCCCCCGAGUGUCUCAACGCCUCCCUCCUGGGAGGGGUCCUCCGCAGAGCAAAAUCAAAAAAUGGGGGUCGGUGUUUAAGGGAAAGGUUAGAGAAAAUCGGACUAAAUCUACCUGCGGGAAGGCGCAAAGCUGCCAACGUCACCCUGCUGACAUCCCUGGUGGAAGGCGAAGCCGUUCACCUGGCUCGGGAUUUUGGGUACGUGUGUGAAACGGAGUUCCCAGCCAAGGCGGCGGCAGAGUACCUGUGCCGACAGCACUCCGACCCCACGGAGCUCCACACCAGGAAAAACAUGCUGCUGGCUACCAAGCAAAUUUGUAAAGAGUUUGCAGACUUGAUAGCCCAGGAUCGCUCGCCGCUGGGGAACAGCCGCCCCUCGCUCAUCCUCGAGCCCGGCGUCCAGAGCUGUUUGACUCAUUUCAGCUUGAUAACGCACGGCUUCGGGGGCCCCGCCAUCUGCGCAGCGCUCACCGCCUUCCAGAACUACCUGGUGGAGUCCCUCAAGGGGCUGGAUAAAAUGUUCAUGAACAGCACAGGGAACGGGCACACGGCCGGAGACUCCAAAGGCUCAGAAAAAGAAGUGAAGCAUCGGAAAUAAGGUGCCGUCUCCCUCCCUCUCCCCGGUCCCGACGGAGAACACGGGGGGAUGGGGGGGAAAGAUGGUCCAGUGCACUGUUUUCUGAACUGCUGCAUUUGAACUUGGGAUGAAGCUCGUAAAGCAAACAAAGAAAAGACAAAAAAAAAAAAAAAAGAAGAUUUAAAGAAUUUAAGAAGAAAACAACUCUAAUGGACGUAGUGAGAUUGAAAAAAAACAAGCCAGGUUAAUGGCUUUGGGGGUUUGCCUUUUUUUUUUUUUUUUUUUUUAUUAAAAUCGUGGAUGCAGGAAGCCAAGUCAUGUGCAAUUUUAUUUCGUUUUCUUUUAAAAAAACCCGUAGUGAAAUCCUGACAUGCUCCAGGAAUUUGUUCCAACUGAAAAACUGAGAGGAAAGAACAAAAGCCUCCUGGAGGCGAGGCCGGAGCGGCAGAGGGCAGGGAGCCGGAUCGCUGGCUGGACCUGGAUUUAUCGGCUGCUUUUGACAGGCGAACACAGCGGAAACCUUCCUGCUUCCCCACCCGCGGCCCGCUCCUAGAGAAAGUCGCCAGCAGAACUGCUUUGGAUCGGAAGCGGUUUCAGACUUCGUUUACAGUUUUCAAACUGAGACUCAGCGUGGAUUUUCCCCGGGGCUGCGGAGCCCGGAGCCCUGGCACGAGGAGGGGGAACAAACCGCGAGGCCCCCGGUUCCCGGAGCCCCUUCCCGACUGCUGCGGUCAGAGCCGGGGGGAAAGCAGGCGAAGUUAAACCCAGGACUAAGCAAAACUCCACGACCUACAGAUAGCAGCACACAAGUUUCUAAAAUUAAUAAUAAUUAAUAAAGCACAAGGAGCAGAACUUGAACCAGGCCAAACUGAACUGUUCUAAAUCUGUAUAUAUUUAUUUAUGUGUAAUUAAAAUCUGAAAGUUUUAAAAUGUCCAGUGUGAGUUAUUUAUAUCAAAUUGAGUUGGGGUUUUUUUGUUUUACUUUUUUUGUUUUGCUUUUUUUUGUUUUUGGGUUUUGUUUUCUUUUUUUUUUUUUUUUUUUUUUUUUUAAAUGAAAGUCCUUGGAUUCUCUGCCAUUAGAAAUGGGAAUGAAGUUUUGGAUACACAAAACUGUAGCAUGGACGAGAUAGGCUGUGAUGAUAAUGACUAUAGAAGUUCUGCAGGAUUUUGUACUUGCUGUUGUUUCUCUUAAUGCUGCAAUAGAUGUACAACACCCACACCACGAUGUCAUUCUCAUUAUCUUAAUAAACCUCUUUUUAUUCGAAGAAAGCACCUCCAUCGUCUUUGUGAACAAGGAUCCUUCUACCCCUGGGCUUGUAUCUUGAAAUAUUACCUAGAUUUAAGAAACAAUCUCCUCGAGCUCCAUGGCUGACGUUUGACUGACCUGUGCAGUCACAAAUAAAGCGUUUGGGACGCCAGGAGCCGGCGUUAAUGCCCCGGUCUCGGAAGCCAUGGCAGCCGAGCCGGCCGGCGCCUGCGGUACCGCCGGGGAUGAAUAGUGAAAUGAUGCGUUUGCAGAUGCUCCAGAACUACUCAGGGUAGUCAAAUCCAAACCUGUCUGUGAGGAGCUGCAGCAGGACCUCAUGGUAUCAAGGCAAGGAGCGAUAAAUUAGCAGAUAAAAUAACCCCACUAAGCUACACGCAAUGAAGCUCGCUAAAUCAGCUGCUACAUCUAUGGCCUUGUUCAGGACAGGACUCUGAAAACAGCCACCUUGUACUCACAGGAGGUUGGCAAUACAAGGAAAACGGUGGGAAGUUUUAGGAAAGGAUUAACAAACCAGAACACAGAUUGCACUGCAUCGCACACACGUGUUUGCACGGGAUUCUGUUGGACUUUUCUCUGGGUUCUACCCAUCAGUUUUCUCUGGAGGCUGCAGAAUAGGCCGGUGAUAACAGAGAAAUAAUCAAACAGUCCCAAAAAGGACCCCAGGCUUCCGGAGGGAUUUGCCUUUUAGAAAAGCGUGAAAGGAAAUAUUUUACGUACUAAUAUAAUUUGUGGGGAUGGCUCACAGUCAGAAACUCGCAACUAAAUACUCCCUUCAAAAGCUUAGGGAUGCAUUUAAAUUGGGAAUCGGAUUGGAAACGUCCCUUGGUAUGAGGUUUGUGAAAGCAGAGACCUAAACGACAGGCUCUGCAGGUCUGGGUUUGCUCUGGACCUUCCCAAAGGAAGAGCCAGGGAACAAGGAGGAGCCAGGGAGCAGAAUGGAAAUACUACAGACACAUUAGAGCCUUGUUUACACUUCAAAGCUAUUUUGGAUAAUGCAGGGUGUAAGCCGAAAGCACAGAAAACUAUUCCUAUUUAAAAUUAUUCCAAAAUAGGAGGCCCUGUUCUGCAUCAGCAUAAUCCACGUUUAAAACGGAUUAUGAUAAAGGAGAGUAAGGUGCUUUUCUGCUGCAACACAGGUUUCCCUACGUGGACCCUACGUGGAGUUAUUUAGGAUAACUACCCUGAAAUAAUUCCAUUUGUAGACAUCCUCUGGUGCACGGUAUCAGAGAAGAGCAAACUACACUCCAAUACAUGAUGAAAGUCUCUGUGUGCACACUGUAAUAUACAGGCGUGAAAUAUAAUUUCAUAAUGUAAUCAUAGUAUGAAAACCUGACUUUGUUUGGGCACUCUUUGAAUAUCAAGGAAUUCUUAGACACAGCAGCGAUGAGCAAUACAAAGGAUCAGGAGAUGCCUACAGUAAUUACAUGCCACGUCCAUCGGGUGGAAAAAUACCUCCCUCCUUAUUUUCCUCUUCGGGUAACUGCAAGGCUUUUGAAUGUUUUAUGAGGAACAGUCUGGUGCCCGAAAGACCAGGAUGCCACCCAUUACCUUUUAAUUGGGAGGAAGUUUGAUGAUUUGGAUUCACUUGUUGAUUCUACCAGAGAUGCUCAAGACCGACGAUGGACGUGUCAUGUGGGAUCAACUUUCUAAAAGCUUUGAGACUUCAACAUCCUAAAACUUUGGGCAUCUUCAUUUCCGCAGGCCCGCAGAGAUGCCUGAGAAGAGCACGGCUGCCAGAGGUUGUACCAGGCCAAUUAUUGUUCGUCAUGAGUUAGUACCCGAGUUCCCCUCCCGGCUCACUGUCAAACAUCCCCUGAUGCAUUCUUUGCCUUU